AUGCCUACCAAGGCAGAUCUAAUGCAAGAGAUCUAUCUUCUGCUUGCAGUCAUUCACCUCAAUGGGUUCGGCAUGACCACAGACAUGGCCCAAAGGAUCCUUGACCGUUGGCCUGCUGUCAUGGGUCCUCGUCCCAAGAGUGUUGAGGCUAUUAUCGAUGACUACAACACAAUUCUACAACAGACUCCGGCAGAAACUCUCACAAAGACCACCAGAACCCCAAAGAUCCAGAAAUCUAUCAAGCACGACAAGCAUGAUUCUCCAUUCAGUUCGGCUCGCUCCAAGAAUCCCGUAACCAUCUCUCGCCUUCCCGAACCCAAGCCAGUCACCUAG